ACAGAAUUCAAAGUUCAAUGUGAACAUUAACAAUGGAACUUAUCAGGGAAAACUUCUCAAACUUGACUGAAAAAAUUAACAUAACAAUUUCCACAAAACUAGUGGAAAAACUUUUUGAACAGCGUGUAUUUACAGUGGAAGAGAUGAAUUGUGUGCUUUCCGAAAAGACCAGCCACACUGCAGCAAGAACACUUAUUAUGAUGAUUAUUUUAAAAGGUGAAGAAUCCUGCAACUUUUUUCUCCAGCUUCUUAAAACAUUUGAUGAAUCUCUUUUUCGGGAUGUUUUUGGAUCAACAUUCUGUGACAGAAAAGAAACAUUUGAAAGUCUAAUAAAAGGAAAAGCAAAAAGAGACAAAGAUGCUAUGUCAAGCAUAACGGAAGAGGAUAUUGAUGAAUUGGAAGCAUUUUUAAAGCGGUUCUAUCAGUCUCCAUACUUUCAAAACUUUAAACCAUUGGGUGAAGAAACAGACAUUGACAUCAUUUUUAAGCUGGAAACUACUUUUACAGAUCCUUUUUUAUGGAAAAAAGACAUAUACAAUCACAGGAAGGAGAAAAUAAAAUUUGAGGAUGUGUUAUGGAAUAUCCCAAGUCCAUGUAUUAUUGAAGGAGAAGCUGGUAAGGGUAAAACUACAAUGCUGAAAAAAAUUGCUGCUCUUUGGGCAUCUGAAAUUUGCCAACAUUUACAAGGCUAUAAGCUUGUCUUUUUUAUCAGUUUGCGUGGCACAAGUACAGGUCUUUAUGAAACACUCUGUGACCAAGUUUUUCCAGUUACAUAUAACUGGAGCAAAGAAACGUUUUUGCAAAAACUACGCAAACUUGGAGAAAAAGUAUUGUUUUUACUGGAUGGUUAUGAUGAAUUCAGUUCAGAGAGUUGCAGAGAAAUAGAUGAGCUUAUUAAGCAAAACUAUAAAUUCAAUUGCAAAGUUAUUGUAACUACAAGGACUGAGUCAAUAGGACAAGUAAGAGGAUAUGGAGCUCUGAUUGUUGAAACAAGUGACUUCACAAUUGAAAGUGCCAAAACCUUAAUUACGAAUGUCUUACAUGAAGAAGAAGCUACCGAUUUGUUAGAUCAGUUGGAUGCUUCUGAUUUCAUGAAAAAUCUAAUGAAAACACCAUUGUUUGUAGUCAUAGCAUGCACUCUUAGGAUGGGGGAAACUGAUUUUCAAAUGAACACUCAAACUGCUCUGUUUUGUACAUUAUACAAUCUGAUGAUUGACAGGGGCCACAGCAAAAAUAAAGACGUAGAGGAACAUAUCAUAGAAGAGAAUAUCCACUUUUGUGGAGACUUAGCUCUCAAUGGGCUUUUUGACCACAAGUAUGAAUUCCGAAAAGAGCACUUAAACAACAUUAAAGAGGAUAUCUUGCUUAAAAUAGGGCUGCUAAAUAAAUAUGGAGCUCAAAAAGCGAAACCUGGUUAUAGAUUUUUUCAUACGUCAUUUCAGGAGUACACAGCUGGAAGAAGAUUAUCUCAACUAUUAUCAUCAGACAAGACUGAUCAUUUAAAGAAAGGACAAUGUUACCUCAACAAAUUACAAACCAUGUAUGAUGUUACCAACAAGUACAAAAAUCUACUAUUAUACACAUGUGGAUCAUCCAAAACUGCCACUCAGAAAGUGAUAUGUCAUAUUAAACAGUUGUGUAAAGAAAAAAAGAAUGAAACCAGCUCUGACUUUGUGGAGUUUGGAAUUAACCUUUUCUAUGAAAGUGCAACUAAGAAGGAGAUGAAUGAAGAAUUUAAACCCAUCUUUUCUGGUAAAAUAUUGCACAUUAGCAUGCAUAAUAUAGGUUCUCAUCAUGUUGAGUUUUUUGAGCACUUACCAGGUUGUCUUAGUGCUCUGCAACUGGUCAAGUUAGACCUUUUUGGCAAAAAAAAAACACUGGUACGAGACGAAAACAGUAAAUGCCCUGGAGAUCUAAAUGAACUUGAAACACAGACGUACAUUUCUAAAAAAGUUGUCAACUUAUUUUAUGAUUGGACUCAAGUGCUGCAGACAUUAGAGGUUACAAUAAAGAAAUUUGAUUAUUUGGCUAAAUCUGACAUAAAGUUUCUUGGAAAAAUAUGCUGCUGUGCUGAACAUCUGAGGCUUAAUAUUAGCUCUAGUCCUGGAAUUACUGGGAAUCUUACACGUGUUGUGGACAAUUGCAAAAGAAUGAGAGAGCUCAUUAUCAAUAACACUCCAGUCAGCAUUGAUGAUGAAGCACGGAUUGCAGAAAUGACAAACAUAAAAACAUUAAGUAUCUCCAACAUGGAUAAAGCAAAUGGACAAGGAAUUUUGUUAGAUGGGUUACACAAGCUUUUCGAAAUUGAUAAGUUGAUUUUGCACAACAUCAGCAUGAAUGAAAAAGAUGGUGAAAUCCUGGCAAAUGGUAUUUCACAUUUAAAGAAGCUAGAAGUCUUGAAAUUGUCAGUUCUACCCAACAUUGGAAGCUCCAUGGAACAUGUAGUACAAUCAAUUUCACACUGUGACAAAAUGAAAGAACUUUGUCUUAUUAAUUGCUGUUUGACUUCAAAUACAUUUAUUAUUCUUUCACACAAUCUAAAAAACUUCACAAACCUUGAAAUCCUUGACUUGUCUGACAACUUUUUGGAAGAUAAUGGGAAGCAGUCAGUGGAAACAUUUAGUCAAACCUUGACUCAUCUUACCUCACUAACAACUCUAUUACUACCUGGAGGCACAGAUGUUAAAUGUGGCCUGGAUGAACUGUUGUAUCACCUUGAAGGACUUCCAAGACUGUCCAAACUUGCCUUUAGAAGGUGGAACUUGACAGAUGAUGAUGUGAUUAAAUUAGGUGCUCAUUUUACAAAAGGUUUUGGACAGCUUUCGUUUCUGGACCUCUCAUUUAAUUGUGUAGAUAACAACGGCUGGAUUUUUCUAAUGCAAGCCCUUCAAAACCUCAAGAACUUGAAAUAUUUUGAUUUUAGCACAGAGGGAACAUUCAGUCCAAUUGGUGAUGUUGUGCAGACUCUGUGCUCUCUAGUGAAGUUGCUGCCAUGUUUAUCUUCAUUGAAACUGGAUAACUGGGAACUUGAUAAUAUCGACAUUGGUAAAAUGAAGAACAUAAAAUUCACUCAUAGAGGAGGAGAAGCAUUUGAACAUUUUUUCCUAGCUGACAAAAACUGAAAUAAGCUAUGAAUAUGUAGCAACAACCAAGCCUCUAACCAAGCUUAGCAACACUGUGAUUUCUUCUUAUUUUUUUUUUCAUUUUUGCUUUCCUGCAUUCCAUCAGUCUUAUGGUUUUUAUUUGUUUUAUGACUGUGAGGCCUUGUUAUUGGUUCCACACCAAAUUUAUUGAUUGAAAUAUGCUUACUUUUUAAGAGAUCUUAUUAUAGAUUUUAAAGGGGUAUUUCAGGACUUAAAUAAUUAUUGCAUAAUUAAGAAAUACAUGCAAUGACAUCCAAGAAUCAGGGUAAACAAAAAGUGUGUUAUGUAAAAUAAUAUAUUAUAAUGUAAGCUAAUGAAAUCUAGCUUCAAAAGCAGCUUUUAAAGUUUAAAUCAACAUCUAACAGCAGGUGGCACUAUUGUACUACAUUUCACUAACCUUUGUGGCAUUGGGCCUUAGAUAAUGUUUUAUUACAAAGCCAUAUGGGUAGGCAGGUCUGUAUGACAUAGUAGGAUAGCAUAUACUGGCAGUUUGGUAAGUGGUGGGAGAAGGAAAAGCAAAGUCAGUGCAGCUGACGCUGAAAGGCCACAGCCACUUGAAUAAUAACCCUGUUGUUGUCUUCACUAUGUUAUCAUUCUGAUCUGGCCUCUUCAAAGAAA